AUGUGGGUUUUAUUGCUAGCUCUAGCCCAAGCAAUUGAAGACAUCGAUUAUUUUCACACAGGAAUAUUUGAAGCAAAUCGUGAUCCUGGCCUUUAUGAAGUAAAAAUCGGUCUAGAAGACACCGAUUCAAUAUUAUCAACAUUCGGCUACUACAAUAAAGACAAAUAGUAAACUCCACUUAGUUGCGAUAUUGUUGUUCUUACUCCCCCCCCUCCGUGAGUGAACAAAAAAAAUUUUGUUCACUCACGGGGGGGUUAAUUUUUUUUUUUUUUUAAAAAAAUUUAUAUAUAAAUUUUAUAAAAAUAUUUUUUUUCGAAAUUUAAAAAAAUCCUAAUUCGCAAAAAUUGGAAAGCAAAUAUUAAUUCAAUUUGCAAAAUUUAUGUUUUAAAAAGCAAUUCGUUUAAAAAUAAACAGAAUUAGCUCUAGAUUUCAUUAUAAUAAUUAUCAUUUAUAUGUCAAAUUUUUUUUCCAUAAAAAAUUUUUCUAUUAAAAAAAUUUUUGUUCACUCACGGAGGGUGGGUUUUUGGUCAAAAAAUGGCGAUUUUUUCUAAUGGUUUUGUUCACUCACGGAGGGGGGGGGAGUUAGUGGAAGUAAAAAAACAUUAAUAGUCUACCUCUGGGAUAAUGGCUCUUCCAAGUUCACCAAAAGUGAUACUCUUCAAAUCCAAACUAAUGGGACUAUCAUUUCAGCAAUUCCUGGAGAUAUUAAUUAUGAUGGCCUAUUAGAUCUUGUUGUCACCUUAAAGCAAGAUUCCGAUACCUUCUUGCAUGUCUAUUUCCAGAGUCCAAGCGGUUUUGUACCUAAUCAGUCAUGGCAAAUCCCUGAAGGCUCACAGCCUUCUUUAUUAGAUAUCAAUGGAGACAGAAAGUAAGCAAUAUUUAGGCUGGAAAUUAUUGUGAACUAUCAUCAGUAUAGCAUGAGCACAAUUGUAAAUCGACCAGGAUUGCCCAUCUUCCGUUCCCUACGCUCUGAGGGUUUCAUUUUUAAUUAAAUAUGAAAAAUCAAUUUGACUCGUCAAAUUCAUAAUGAUUUACAUGACAUUCCUUUUCUUGUUUCAUUUAAAAUGAAACUGUCAGGGAGGGUGGGAGAGGGGAGGAAGGCAAAAUAGGUCAAGUAAUAAUUGCUCGCGAAGUGUAUAAUGUGACAGCAGAAGCUGUAGUGAUUUUAUAUCAAAAUAAUGAAUUUUCUAUUCAGCCUUUGCAUACCUUUGGAACAGAUGAUGAUAACAACUGCAUGAUUCAGUCUUCAUUUUUAUUAUCAACUCCUCACUCAGUUGCAUCUGUUGACUUAAAUAAAGACUGCUUAGCUGACUUAUUCCUGACAACAGUUGACGAGUCAGGCGAUGUUUCUUUUGAAUUUUGACUUAACAUGAAGAAUGGUAAAUAUUGCAAAAGACAAAAAACUCCAGCUCCUAAAGGUGCAGGGCAAGUAUCAUUUGCAGAUGUUGAUAGGAAUGGAGUAGAAGAUUUGAUAUUCCCUGUGUGCAUUGGAGCUGACUGUACAAGUAAGCAAGAAAUUCAUAUAGUCUUUAACGAUAAUGAUGCCUCUUCUACUUGCACUUAUCAUUAUGGAGGGGUAAAAGAUUUUCAAAUUGACGAUAUUGGAGAUAAAGAAAUUACAGGAAAUAAAAUGAUAAUAAAAAUUGACCAAGAAAAUUCAUUUUAUAGCUUGGGCAAUGAUUUUCCAUUUACAAUUCGAUUCGGAGACAUGGACUUAGAUGGAUAUCCAGACUUUUUAGUCACAAUGAAGCCAAAAGAUACAGAGGCUGCUGGACAUGCUUACUUAUUUGAAAAUGUUGACUGUGAUGAAGAACACUGUGGAAAAGCUGAAAACCGGAGAUUUUUUGAAAGAUCUAAGAAGUCAGAAUAUGAUAAAAUUGCAGAAGAUCCUGGAGUUUUUAUUGCAACUUUCUUUGAUUUAGAUGAAAAUGGAGUUUUAGAUAUUUUAACAGUUAGCUAUUCUGGAGAAAAAUUCCAGACCAAAGGCUUCUACAAUAACUUUUUAAACGAUGCUUUUCAUUUGAAAGCUUUAGCAUUGAAUGGCUAUCAAAAACAAGAAUAUAGCUCAGCUUAUCCAGGAGCAGUUUUUAUGUUCACUUUGACCGAACUAGAUAUGAGCAAGGUGCAAAUGCAUUCGACUCAGAUGCCACAAACUGCCUAUUUUGCGUUGAAUACUCCUUAUUGUGUUUAUGGACUGGGAAGGACAAAUUCUUAUAUUGAAGAGUUCUAUGUAGCAAUAAGUCUAACUCCUCCCUGAGUAAUCGAUCAAUGCCAUUGGAAAAUCCCAUUUUUUUUGCCCAAAAGCACACCCUCUAUGAGCAAACAAAUUUUUUUUUGAUAUAUAAGUGAUAAUUAGUAUGAUAAAAUCUCUCGCUAAUUCUGUUUAAUUUUAAACAGCUUGCAUUUUAAAAUAUAAUUUAACAAAUUAAAUUAAUGUUUGCUUUCCAAUUAUUCGAAUUGGGAUUUUUUUUUAAAAUUUAAAAAAAAAUUUUUUACUAUAAAAUUUAUAUAUAAAUUUUUGAAAAAAAAAUAUUAACCCCUUAUGAACAAGUAAAUUAUUUUUACUCACUCACGAUGGGGUAAGUUAAUUAUUAUAGAAAAGUUUCUAGCACUAUAAUAAAUUCAUUGUUUCAUUUAUUUUAUGCUAGUCUGGUAUUUUUAUUUAUGUAGCAAUGCCUGUAGGACAUAAAGACUCUUCUUAUUCAAAAUUGUGGACUCCGAUUAUUCCAAAUUCCUAUCUAAUUGCUUCUCCCAAAGGGUCUCCUGACAACUGGUUUUUAGAACUUUUUGCAUCGCCAACUGAUAAAAUUGGACUAAUUAUUGCAAUAUCAGCUGGGUGCUUAGUGAUUAUUGGGAUUAUUGUUGUGUGGAAGUAUCAUUUGGAAAGAAAAGAAGAUAAAAAGAAAUUCUCGAUUAGAUUUUAA